UUGAUAUUACCAUGCUACAAUUCAUUAAAGAAACAUGGAAGCGCUUAAGAGCUAUUCAUAGUCAGAUCACUGCCUGAUACUAUAACGAAUUUCCAUUUAAAUGCAAUUAUUUUUUCGCAUUCCUACCGAUUUUGGUCUUCCCUAUCGAUUCACAGAGGACCAAGGGAAAACUACCGAUAUUUUGUUAUCCCUACCGAAAACUACCGAAUUUUAUUGAUUUUGGACACAUCCUACUCAACAUUCAUUUUUGGGUUGGAUUUGGUCUGAGAUCUUAGUUUUCAGUAUUUUACAAUUCUAUGUCAACACUACGCUUUUGGGACAACAACCCGGCCUACCGAUAAACUUUUAGUGACCCUACCGAUUUUAAGAAAUUCUAUCUGGCCACCCUGGUCGCACAUUGACGACACCCGAGAAACGUCAAAAGUAAUAAACAAAAAAAGUUAACGUGAAAAAAAUUGGAUAAACAAAUAAAUGUUUUAAGAUGCGAAGCUCACGAAUGAGCAAGUUAUAUUGUUUAAACAGAAACAUUCCAUAUGUGCAUCGGUUCAAACGGGUAAAACAUCGUACUGCUGAAUGUACUCUGCGCGAGAAUACAGGCGUGAGUAUAUUUGAACCCUGCUGCAGCGGCCAAAGUCCGGAUCAUCGGGCUCUACAAUUCGUGGAAGCAAACCUUGUAGAUAGUAUGAAUUAUUUCACCAGAAAUGAAAUGACUAGCUCCAUGAAACACCGCGAAACUGAAUGUACACCGAACGAAUACACGAUAUUGAAUGAUACGAGCACUAUAGCAAGUAGCAUCUGCGAACAAAAUCAGGAUAGUAAUCAUCCUGAAAAUAUAAACAAAGGGAUCAUAACAGACCAAAAAAACCCCUUCGACUUACGAAUCAUAAGGAAAACAUUGAGGCAGAGUUUGAGAAUUCUUAUGAAUUUGAGGAUAGCUCAUGCAAUUUCGUCGAAAACGACAAUACUCACUCGAUGGAAAAUGAUAACAUGGAAGUACCCAUUCAUCCAUACCUGAAAGUUACCCGCCUUGAAGUCAUGUUCAUGAAACACAAUUUAACAAACAUUACACUUACUGACAUUCUUCAGAUGCUUAACAUAAUAAUCGGAUCAAACGCCCUGCCAGACACAUUUCAUCAAUUUCAGGAAGUCUUUUCUAGAGGUAGUUAUGUCCGACACUAUGUAUGCGAUAAGUGUGGAUUGUACUUAGGCGUAAACAAAAUUGUUUGUAACAACUGUAAAGAGAUAGAGCUGUUCUUUUUCAUAAUGUUCGACUUUCGAUCCAACCUAAAAGAUAUACUACAAAAAAAUUGGAAGCAGAUUCAGAAUUACAAGUAAGAAAUACUCGCCGCAUCGGAUAUAACUGAUAUUUUGAAUGCAGCUGUUGUUAACAUUAAAACGAAGGCAAAUGAAAUAUCACUUUGCUUUAAUACUGAUGGUGUAAAAAUGUUCAACUCUAAUAUGAAGCGAGCUUUGUGGCCCAUAAUUGCUUCAGUGAAUGACUUGCCACCCAACUUGCGUUUCCUGAGGAAAAAUGCACUUGUUGUUGGGUUGUGGCUUCAUAAAGGAGAACCUGACUUGGAUGUGUUCAUGAAACCAUUUCUCAUAACACUGCAACAGCUCUACUCGGAUGAGCUUCAAGUUGGAUCAAUUCAAGUACCCACAAUUAGGACCGUAGCAUGCUGUGUUGAUACAAUGGCUCGCUGCAAACUACAAAAAUUCAAGCAAUUUAAUGGAUACGAUGGAUGUAGUUUCUGUUUGCACCCUGGUCAUACAACCCGACAUCAAGUGAAGUAUGGAUACCUUGAAGAAGUACAGACACGUAACUAUAAAGAUACGUUGCGCGCCAUGUCCGUCAGCAUUUCCCGAACCAUGCCGAUAAACGGAGUUAAAGGUGUAUCAUCUGUAAUACUCAUACCGUCGUUCGAUAUUGUAAAUCAAUGUCCAGUCGAUUUUAUACACAGUGUUUUACUGGGAGUUGUUAAACAGUUAUGUAGGAUAUGGUUCGAGAAACCGAGUACAUCAUAUUACAUUAAAAAUAAGCUUCAUUGUAUCGAUAGUUCAUUAUGCGGCAUCCAUCCUUUCACUGAAGCUUCCAGGACGACAAGGAAAAUAAGCGAACGCAACACAUGGAAAGCCAACGAAUGGUUGCAAUGGUUGUUACACUUUAGUUCUAUUUGUUUGAAACCGUAUUUACCCAACGAACAGUAUAAACAUCAUAGAGUACUUGUUACAUCAAUAGCUCAACUGCUUCAGCCUAAUUUAUCAGAGAAUACUCUAAACGCAUGCGAUAUACAGUUGAAAAAGUACGUGAAAGAUUUUGAAAUAUUUUACUCGAUUGAUGAAAUGAAUUACAACGUUCACUUACUUUUACACAUCGUUCAAUGUUGUAAAAACUUUGGCCCACUUUGGGCCUUUUCGUUGUUCUUUUAUGAAGAUAUUAAUGGAGUUCUAAAAAAAUAUGCCAAAGGUCCUAAAGAACCAUUAAUUCAAAUCGCAAAUCGGUAUACCAUGUCACAUGCACGCUAUUAUUCAGUCGUAUACACUAAAACCUCCAUUUACGAACUCUUUUUUUAAGUAAUAUUCGAUUUAUGUAACUUUUUUUACGAACUAAAUUCGAAAUAAUGAACACUUUUUAGAAAGUUUGAGUUCGUACAUUACAGCAUGAAAUUAUAUACUUAUAUAUUCUUAGUUAAUUGUUACUUAUAUAAGUUGGGUAUUUUCGAAAUGGGGUUGACAAGUGCAUGCCGGAAAUCGAUGUCUGGAGCCAUUUUGGAAUCCAAGAUAAUGCAUAACGGAAAUCGAUGUCUUGAACUAUUUUGGAAUCCAAUUCUCUAUAACCUCAACAAUAUGGGUAUUUCGGGAUAGGGUUGACGAGUGCAUGACGGAAAUAGAACCCAUAUUGUUCGUUAUCAAGAAUAAUGCUCAACCGGCAAACGUCAUAUUGAACUUGGAAAAGUUUCUAAUUGUCCAUUUUCAGCAUUUACUUAUGGCGAUUUCGCUUGAACCUGAAACUGAGUCAGGUUCUAACCCCAACCGCUGUCAGUUCAUACAUUUUGACAGCAGUUGGGGUUAGGAACUGACUCAGUUUCGCCUCAAACGAAAACCACAUUAGCAAGCUUAUUCCAAAAAUACCCAUAUUGUUAGGGUUAUCGAGAAUGUUGCUCAAUCGGAAGUCGCCAUGUUGGAUUUUGAAAAGGUUCCAAUUGUCAAUUUUCAAUAUCUACUUGCCAAGCCAA